AUGAGCUGCGGCCGGCCCAAGGACAUGGAAGCUGCCGCUGCCGCCUCUGCUCACUUCAGCUUCUGCCGCAGCCUCCUGGAGCACACGGUGUCGGCCGAAAACCUCAGCUACCGCCUGCAGCGCAACCCGGGCAGCAGCCUCACCUGGCACGACGGCCGCAGCCAGCGCCCCGACGGCGGCCGCACCGUCAAACUCCUGCGGCAGCCGGGCACCGAGGGCUCGCAGGUCCGUGGCUGUGACCACUAUGGCAUCUACCACACCAGCCCCACGCUGGGCAGCCUGGUCAAACCAGUGGUGCUGUGGACCCAGCAGGAUGUGUGCAAAUGGCUGAAGAAGCACUGCCCACACAACUAUCUCAUCUAUGUUGAGGCGUUCUCCCACCACGCCAUCACAGGCCGGGCGCUGCUGCGGCUGAACGGGGAGAAGCUGCAGCGCAUGGGGAUCGUGCUGGAGACGCAGCGCCAGGAGGUCCUGCAGCAGGUCCUGCAGCUCCAGGUGCGAGAGGAGGUCCGGAACCUGCAGCUGCUCAGCCAAGCUUCUUUUGGAAAUGUCUCCUAG